AUGUCGAUGAAGGAGGUCGAUGAACAAAUGCUAAAUAUACAACAGAAAAAUAGCAGUUUCUUCGUAGAGUGGAUACCCAGCAACUGCAAGACGGCUGUAUGUGAUAUACCACCACGUGGGCUCAAAAUGUCUGCCACUUUCAUAGGCAACACUACUGCCAUUCAAGAAUUAUUCAAACGUAUGUCUGAACAGUUUACGGCCAUGUUUAGGCGUAAAGCUUUCUUGCAUUGGUAUACCGGUGAAGGAAUGGAUGAAAUGGAAUUCACCGAAGCCGAAAGCAGUAUGAACGAUUUGGUAUCCGAAUACCAGCAAUAUCAAGAGGCCACCGCGGAGGAGGAAGGUGAAUUCGACGAGGACGAGGAGGGCGGAGCCGAUGAGUAA